GCCGCGGACACGGGGUGCGGCGGUGUCUUCACUCAUUCCCUGCUGUUCUCGAUCGCCGCGCUCCAGGGGGCGGGCGAUCGGGGCUACUCCAUCCGCUCGCUGUACGACCGCACCGUCGCGACCUGCCGCGAGCACUUCCACGCCGCCCAGGCCAUCCAGCUGCACGCG